UGAAGACAAAGACUAUGAAGAACAAGAAGAAGAAGAAGACAACGACCUCGACCCGCAAGGACGAGGCCCCACCGAAGAGGCCGUGGCGGCGAGUCGAGGCCUCCUCGUUCAUGGCCUACUUUCUGCCAGAGAUAGAGGACUCGGUGAUCGCCAUGACCAACCUGGAAGCGGACAGGCACAGGCCCGCCAUCGACGGAUGGAAGCCCAUGGGCCGCGUCGAGUUCCGGGCCUAUGUGGGGCUGCUCGUGCUCGCUGGCGUGUACAGGUCCCGGGGAGAGGCCUGCGAGAGGCUGUGGGACGCCGAGAGCGGCAGGUCCGUGUUCAGAGCCGCGAUGCCGCUCAAGACCUUUGGAGCCUACUCGAGCGCGCUGCGCUUCGACGACAGAGAGACCAGACAAGCCAGGCAAGGCGAGGGCGGCGAGGGCGGCGGCGGCUACGACAAACUGGCCCCCAUCAGAGCCGUGUGGGAUGAGUGGUGCACGAGGUUGCCCGCCAUGUACCGACCGGGACCGGAGGUCACCGUCGACGAGAGACUGGUGCCGUUCAGAGGAAGGUGUCCGUUCAGACAGUACAUGCCCAGCAAACCGGCCAGGUACGGGAUCAAGAUAUGGGUGGCUUGCGACGCGCGUUCCAGCUACGCGUGGAAGAUGCAAGUCUACACUGGCAAGCCCGACAAGCGCGGCCCUCCCGAAAAGCACCUGGCCACUCGAGUGGUCGUGGACCUCACCGAGGGAUUGGAGCUGGGACGCAACGUCACCUGCGACAACUUUCUCACCUCGUGCGACCUCACGGACAGACUCUUUCACCAAAGAGGCCACACCGUGCUAGGCACUCUGCGAUCGAACAGACCCGAGAUCCCCAGACAGCUGCGCUGCAUCACGGGCAGGGCCGUGGGCUCCGUCGAAUCCGUAGUACUCAGCGGCUCCGCGGGACGAGGAUGAGGACGAGGAGGAGGAGGAGGAAGAGGGCCCGACACGAUCAUCCUCUCCUACGUGGCCAAGAAGAACAAGAAUGUGCUGCUCCUCACCACCGCUCCUCGCUACCACCACCACCACCACCGCUCCAGCCCCGAGCCCCGGCCUAGCCGCCGCAUCAGCAACAGCAGCAGCGGCAGCAACGGCAGCGGUGGCAACCAAGGGAGGCGUCGACAAC